GGCUGCCCAGUUGAUCCCUUCACUCUAUUGUCUCGGAAUUAAGUCGUGUCACAGAUCAUGGCUCCCUGGCCGGAGGUAGAAAAGCCUGAAACCAACAAUUAUAUUGGGGACUCUUCCAAACAAAACCAGAACAUGGCUGGGAAAGAAGGAGAAAAUCACAAAGGCAACGUGGCUUCACUUGGAAAUAAAGGGGAAAUUCAACCUGCAUUUUCCACAGUAGCUUUGAUAGAUGAGACAAGACCAGAAGAAGAAGACCCGUGGGCUCUGCCAGAACUGCAGGACACCGGGGUCAAGUGGUCAGAUCUGGAUACAAAAGGAAAAGUCAUUCGUGUACUCUAUGGGAUAGGGAAGUUCAUUAUGCUCCUUUGCUUACUCUACAUGUUUGUGUGUUCUCUGGAUGUACUGAGCUCUGCUUUUCAACUGGUAGGAGGUAAAGCAGCAGGGGACAUAUUUAAAGAUGAUUCAGUGCUCUCAAAUCCUGUUGCGGGACUGGUGAUCGGAGUUCUGGUGACUGUGAUGGUCCAGAGUUCCAGCACCUCCUCAUCCAUCAUAGUCAGCAUGGUGUCCUCCACAUUGCUGACUGUUAGAGCAGCUAUUCCUAUCAUCAUGGGAGCAAACAUUGGCACCUCAGUUACAAACACAAUUGUGGCACUUAUGCAAGCUGGGGACAGGAAUGAAUUUAGAAGGGCCUUUGCUGGGGCAACAAUCCAUGAUUUCUUUAACUGGCUGGCUGUGUUUGCACUGUUACCUGUUGAAGUCAUUACUGGCUAUCUCUUCCAUCUCACCAAUGUUAUAGUUGAGUCCUUUCAACUUGAAAGUGGUGAGGAUGCUCCAGAGCUACUAAAAGUUAUCACAGACCCCUUUACAAAGCUCAUCAUUGAGCUUGAUAAAUCAGUAAUAAAUGCAAUUGCCAUGAACGAUGAAUCAGCAAAAAACAAAAGCCUGGUAAAGAUCUGGUGUGUGACUGAAACCAAUGUGACACUGCAGAAUGUCACAAUUCCACCUUCCGAAAACUGCACAUCUCCUGAGUUUUGCUGGAGUGAAGGAAAUACGACAUGGACCCUCAAGAAUAUAACUGAAACAGACUACAUCGCUAAAUGCCAACACAUCUUUGUAAACUCAGACCUGCCUGAUCUUGGUAUCGGGCUCAUCCUUCUGGCUUUGUCCCUGCUUGUUCUCUGCUCCUGUUUGAUAGCCAUCGUUAAGCUAUUAAACUCUGUGCUUAAAGGACAAGUGGCCAGUGUUAUCAAGAAGACAAUCAACACUGAUUUUCCAUUUCCUUUUACUUGGCUGGCUGGAUACCUGGCUAUGCUCGCAGGGGCUGGUAUGACCUUCGUUGUCCAAAGCAGUUCUGUUUUCACAUCUGCCAUUACACCCCUUGUUGGCAUUGGCGUUAUCAGCAUUGAGCGCUCUUACCCGCUCACCUUGGGAGCCAACAUUGGCACAACCACAACAGCUAUACUUGCAGCCCUGGCAAGUCCUGGGAGUACAUUAAAAUAUUCAUUACAGAUUGCCUUGUGCCACUUUUUCUUCAAUGUCUCUGGGAUUAUUCUGUUUUAUCCGAUACCUUAUACCCGCCUGCCAAUCCGCAUGAGCAAGACCUUGGGAAAUAUAACAGCCCAGUACAGAUGGUUUGCUAUAUUUUAUCUUCUCCUCUGUUUCUUUCUGUUGCCUUUGUUUGUAUUUGCUCUGUCACUGGCAGGCUGGGGAGUCCUUUUGGGUGUUUGCCUUCCCCUGUUUCUUCUAUUUAUUGCUGUGGUUGUAAUUAAUGUUAUGCAGAAAAGGAAGCCACAUUCACUGCCUGAGAAGCUCCAAAACUGGGAUUUCCUACCUGUGUGGAUGCACUCCCUAGAGCCCUGGGACAAUAUACUUAUGGCUUCCCUUGCUUUUUGUGGGAAACACUGCUGUGGCUUCUGCAAGUGUUGCAAAGUCAAUGCUGAACAGGAGGGUGCCAAAGACAACCAGCUAAAAACUAUGGAAGUUUAUGAAAACACCAUGGCAAUGGCUGAUGAUGAAAGAGGUGGAAGAAGGGCACCAGCAGUAGCUUGUGUUGACAAAACAGGCACAAACAACACAGCAUUAUAG